AUGUCCGAACCAAGCUGCACGAGGCGUUUUGGCCAAGUCAUUCGUCUACGUAAAGACUGCGUAGAGCAGUACAAGGCUUGCCACGCCAAUGCAUGGCCAGAAGUACUGAAGCAGAUCAAAGACAGCAACAUCAAAGAAUACUCCAUCUGGCAUGAUGAUAAGAAUGGACUAUUAUUUGCUUCCAUGAAGUACGUGGGCAGCGACUUUGAGGGUGACAUGCGUCGCAUGGCAGAGAAUCCAACGGUUCGAGAAUGGUGGAAGAUGACGGACAGUUACCAGGAGAGUCUGGUGGACGGCGCCGUGAGCUCGGAGUCUGGUGAAUGGUGGAAGACGCUCGAGGAGGUGUUUUACUUGGCAUGA